AUGCUGAACUGCGGGCUUCGCUUGCCGCACCGUAGGCUGGCUUCCCUCUGGGCUCCCCAAGCGGUUUCUUCGAAAUCUACAUCUCCCCAGCCAGCCCCCCAAGCUGCUGCGAAAGACCCCAUGCCUGCCCAUCUUUCCCUGAACUUGAACGAUGGGAAGGUAUUCCACCUGAAGAGCAACUGGGAGCUCACUCGGGGGCUGCUGGUGUUCCGGCUCUGCUCCUCCCCAUGGCUGGUUCGGAAAGCGCCCACGGUGAGACCGGGGGGGGGGGGCUUGGAUCGUGACCCGCUGUAGGCCACCCACCCGCUCAAUCAAUUCAUUUCCAAUCACCACCUGUAGCUUAAGGGGUGCCCCACAGUGCUCUGUUGUGGCUGGGGAGAGUGGGGUAAGUUAAGGGUCUUUGAGUCAAGCCGUGGGAUGGGUCUGAACUGUAUUCCAAAAGGAGUCUUGUUUCACCUUGUCUGCAACAAAUUGUUGCAGCGUGAAGCGCUGCUGCUCCAGAGCCCAGUCACUCAAUUCCCUUCCCAUUCUUGCUGGUUCUUCUUGCCCACCCCCACUCCUCCAGGAGCCAGUCAACAUUUCAAUAGGUGCUGAAGAUUCGUAGCCCUCAUUUGCGAUCAGCUGCCCCUUGCCAUAGGGUCCCCUCCCCACCCCCAAUAUUUGUUGAACUUCUGCAAGCCUUGCGGGACUCCCCGGCCUGAUGAUACUGCUCUCUUGUGUGUUGAUGGGACAUUUUGACUCCAGAAGCACCAACACACACAAAACCAACAUCAAAAAUUAUAGGGAACAAGCAGAAACUGCAACAAAACGGUGCAGAAUGCAGCAAUCCUCAGGAUUCCCAGCUGCUCCAUUCCACACACACCCCCCCAGCAUUCCAGUUUUGACUGAGCACCCUCAACCUCAGCGAGAUGCUUUUGGUGGGGUGUCACUCCCACUUCAGUUUCCUCCCCCCUAAAGUUUAUUGAGGUACUUCUGCAAACUGUGAUUCCCCCAAGGCUACUGAUAUGUCCUUCCUGUGCAAGGUUGCUGUUGUUUUGGCUAUGUGAGCAACGAUGCUCAAAAUCUGAACACUGGUAAUGGAGGGAAUGAUUGUGCCAUAAAGUUUCGAUCCCACUUGAUGCCCCAAUUGGAUCCUUAAUUGGCAGGUGCACCCAUUCCUUGAACACCUCUGCCAUGGUCUAUUUGUUAGCCUUUCGGACUCGCCGUCGAUGUCUACGUAGAAGUUGUUCCAUAAACCUUUUAUUUCUCUCCACCAGGUCCUUUCCAUCUCCCGGCGGGUUCUGGGCCACCGACUCUGGACUUCUGUGCUCCGCCUUACGCUGUACGGACAGUUUGUUGCUGGCGAAACCCACACAGAGGUCAAGGAAACACUGCGACGGCUCCAGAACUUGGGGAUCCGUCCUCUCCUUGCUGUCCCCAUAGAGGAAGAUGUGGGGCAAGCAAAGGAAGGGUGAGUGCUGGAUGAGAAAAGUGGGGGGGGGGCAUGAUUUGGACAGCCAAAGAGAAGGCUGUGCCUUGAUACUAUGAGGAGAAGCAUAGGCAGGCCUAGGAAACAAGUUCUCUGACAGGGGUUUAAAGGCAAGGCACAUAAUUUAGCUAAAACUGGUGAGAGGCAGAGGCUGGGCUGGUGGAUUUGAUUCAGCUUCCCACUUAGUCCUCUGUACUCGACUGACAUAUGAUUCAAGCAUAGCUCGGGACGGAUUCAUAUCAGCACUGGAUUUAGGGUGGUGCAGGCGGCUCUCUCUCACAGGGCCCCAACCCAACAUUGAGAAGAUCCAUAAUCAAGAAGAUCCAUUUGGGGCACCAAGUUUUGGCCUUACUACAAAAGAUUACGAAAGUCUGCCCUUGCUUUGUCUUUUACCUCUGUGAGCGUGUCACACUUUCUUGGCAGAUAAAUGAGCUAGCUAGCACUUUGUGGGGUGACCUAAUGGCAAUGGUGCAUGUGGCCCCAGAGGAUAACGAUAAUUUAAUAUUUUUUUUAUUUGUACCCCACUCAUUUGACUGGGUUGCCCCAGCCACUUUGGGCGGCUUCUGAGAAGUGAUAAAAACGCAGUAAAACAACAAACAUUAAAAAACCUCCCUAUACCAGGGCUGCCUUCAGAUGCCUUCUAAAAGUCGGAUACAGUAUUUGUUUAUUUCCUUGACAUCUGAUGGGAGGCGUUCCACAGGGUGGAUGCCACUACCAAGAAGGCCCUGUGCCUGGUUCCUUGUAACCUCAUAGUGAGGGAACUGCCAGAAGGUGGGGAGAAGUGCUCAAGUGCUCAAAUGUCAAGUGAGGAAGCAUGAUUCAGACAUCCUUAUCUGCUGCACAAAGCUAUCUUCACAACCUGUUUUUUUUAUCCGGUUUGUGUUCAGGAAGUGGUUAUCCAGAGGUUAGGUGCUAAGGGUAGCGAUGCGUACUUUCACACACAGCAGAUUGCAGCCGCUGCCAGUGCAAGAUAUAAAUCAUUUGCCCUUUUAUCUCACACAUGCGAAAUCACCACUUGCUGAAAAUGGCAAGAAACCGCAAAACAGCCCCCUUUAAAAUGCAAUCCCAGAGUUUCAGAAGAGCACCGCCGGAUGAGGGCCAGGCAGUCCAGAUUCCUGCUUCUCACAGUAGCCAGCGCAAUGCUGUCAGGCAUAAAGCCUUCUCUGGCUAUUCUCUGUGCUAUACUGCCCCUGGGUCUGGAGGUUCUAUUGAGCUGACAUGAUUAAGAGCUGCUCAUGGACUUAUCCUCCGUGAAUGUGUCUGCUUUCUAAGAGCGCUUCCAGAUGGAGGAUUAAUUUACAAAUGGCUUGUUGGCAACAGCUUCUAAAAAAACUUAUUGCGGAAAGGGUAAAUCCAGAUUAAAUGGCGGGGGCGGGGAGUGCAGGCUGGCAUUUUGGUCCUAAGAGUGUUGUGUGGACACUGUGAAAAAACAAAAACAAAAAACCUUUCAUGUGUGGAAAAGCUGCCCAUAAUAAACAGUCCAUCUGGUCACAGUUUUCCUCAUUAUGGUGAGAUGCAUUGUGUUCUUAAUUUAAUUAUAGGAACCAUUUCUAAAGGUGCAUCACCUACACCUAUAAAUUAGCCUAGGCAAAUUAUGCAUAUCUGUGUCCUUUUUUGGUGUGAUUCGUAAGUGGCUUCCCUGACUGGAAGAAUUGCCAUGGAAGGGAAAUCUUAGCUCUGCUGCUUUGAUAUUAAUAUUUGCGUUAUUUUCGUAUUGAUUUUGUUAUACGGCAUCUUUUGUUGUUGUUGUUGUUGCUUUAAUAUGCAUUGUAAACUAGGGUUGCCAUAUUUCAAAAAGUGAAAAUUCCGGGUGUAUGUCAGCCUUAUGUAAACCAACUUGGGAUCAGUAUUAUGAAUAGACUGCCUUAAAAUAAAUAUUGAGGGUUGUAACCAACUUAGCUUCACUCAGAGUAGAUGCAUUGAAAUUAAUGGGUGUGACAGGUCCAUUAAGUUCAAAGGGAUUACUCUGAGUAAAAGGCUAUAACAAUAGUCUUAAAUUAAAUAGUUCAUCAUGCCAGCUUCAACGCUGAAUGGAAGAGUAGAUAAUAACCUGGGCAGCACAGGGCAUUGAGCUGAGGGGGCUAACAACAACAACAGCAUUUAUAUAGGUACCUACUGAGAAGAUCCAUUUAAAUAGCAGCAGUACCAAAAGGAAUGAUUGUGAAUUAUUGUGGGGCAACCCAGUCAGAUGGGUGGGGUACAAAUAAAAAAGGACAGGCACCCUGUCCUUGCUCAGGGUGCCAUAUUGCUAAAGUCCUUCCCCAACCUGAAACUCUUUCUCCCUUCACAUCUCUCACCUGUCAAAACUGCCCGUUGUGGAGAUUCCAUCAUUUAGGCACCUGAAGAUAUCAGGGCUGCCAUACGUCCAGAUUUUCCUGGGCAUUACCGGGAUUUCAAAGCCGGAAUUGACGUCCGGGAUGGGGUGGGGAAUUUCCCAAAGGCGGCGCUUUGUCCUGGAUCUUAGGCAAGUCAAUCGAAAAACUACAUACAACGAUUUUGGAUGUUUCCUAAAAAACCGAACAAUUUUGGUGGUUCCCUGGUUUUUACUUUUUGAAAUCUGGUGACUCUAGAUACACAUUUAGGAAAAAUCCUUAGCAGAAGAAGCAACGUUUGAUCCCCCUUUUUGAUAACAUCAAACAAGGUCACUAUCCAGAUCUGCUUCAGGCCUGAAGUGAAACACGCAGGUGCUUGACUGGGAAAGAAAGCAGGUGCAAAGAGAGACACGACCAUCUUUGAACUAGCCAAACAACAGAUUAAUUUUGUGUGAUAUACUAGAGUCCGUUGAAGCCAAGGCUGUAUACAUAGCACAGACUUAAAGCACCUUUAAAGCACAUUCCUCCACCUGCCCUUGCAAUGGCAGGAACUAUAGUUUUUUUAAGGGAGGCAGGGAUUGUAGUUCUAUGGGAGGUAGACUGCAGCUUUAAAUGCACAGCGUGUGUUCAGUCCCCCUGCUGAGUUAGGCUGGCCUUGGAACGUUCUCUAUAAUGAUUUGGUGUGUGUGUGUGUGUUGCUUUUCUUUUUGCUGAUUUGUUAAUACUGCUGCUUAUUUUGCUCUCAGUCUUGGCUUAAAAACCCUCCAACUUUUUAUGAUUAUUGGUAUUGUUAGCCACCUUGUUUAUUUAUUUUUAAUGCUUUUCAUUAACUUUUUGUUACAACACAUAAACACACACACUAAGAUACGACAAUUAAGAAAGAAACUAAAUAGAAGGCACAAAACAAAUAACAAACGUACAGUAUAACCUUAAAUCCGUACGCUCUUGCACGCGGACUUACGUUACUCUACUUUAUAUUUCCCGUUCUUAUUCUUUUCUAGUAGACUUCCUACCUCCUCAAAGCGGGUCUGUUUUCCUGUUUGUUAAACAAUUUCUUUCUCAUUUCAUCAUUUGAAUAUUUUGAAAUGGCAAAACUGAUGGAUACAGUUAGGGGACAGUCUAACCAAAGGUUCCAAAAAGAGUGGGGAGUGUAUAGAGAUUACCUAAAAAAAACAGUGUCCUCAAAUCAAAACCUGGAUUUGCUUUGAGUAAUUUUUGCAAACCGUAAUAUGGUCUAUAAGUAAAGUAGAUGUAGAAGGGUAGACAUGAUUGUUAGUCACCUUAAAGCACAUGACUUCCCCCAAAGAAUCCUGGGAAUUGUGGGUUUGUUAAGAGCUGUGGGUUGGGAACUGUAGCUCUGUAGCUUGACCUGGAGAUGUCAGGAUUUGAACCUAGGACCUUCUGCAUGCAAGGCUCUGUCACUAAGCUAGAGUCCCUUAUGGUGUGAGAAAAGGGGGCUAUAACUUUUGGCCCCCACCGUGCUGCUGAUCAGCAACAACUAUUUCUUAAACACAAAACAUCCACCCAACAUUGAAGGAUUUAUCAAAUAGACACAUCUCAUUUGGCCCUUUACUUCUCUUUGGGGAAACUGGCAACGAAAGCUUCAAGGGGAUCAUUGAACACCAGGACAGAAUGAAAGUGAAAGGUGGUGAGCAGAUUGGAAGGAGUUGGCCCAGGAAGGUUUUCGGAGAGUUUGAAAGUGUUGCUCUUGACAGAUGUUCCCUGCUGAGUAUUUUCAAGCAAAGUGGUAGUACCAGAAGGAGAUUCUGCACUGACUUUGGGAUAACUCAGUCGAUAGAGCAUGAGACUCUUACUCUCAGAGCUGUGGGUUCAAAUCCCACGUUGGUCAAAAGAUUCCUGUAUUGUAGGGGUUGGACUAGAUGACUCUCGUGGUCCUUUCCAACUCUACAAUCCUAUGUACUGUAUAUCUGAAGGAGCAUCUCCACCCCCAUCGUUCUACCCAGACACUGAGGUCCAGCGCCGAGGGCCUUCUGGCCGUUUCCUCACUGCGAGAAGCCAAGUUACAGGGAACCAGGCAAAGGGCCUUCUCCAUAGUGGUACCUGCCCUGUGUAACGCCCUCCCACCAGAUGUCAAAGAGAACAACAACUACCAGACUUUUAGAAGAUAUCUGAAGGCAGCCCUGUUUAGGGAAGCUUUUAAUGUUUGAUGCAUUACUGUAUUUUAAUAUUUUGUUGGAAGCCGCCCAGAGUGGCUGGGGAAGCCCAGCCAGAUGAGUGGGGUAUUAAUAUUAAUAAUAAUAAUAAUAAUAAUAAUCUAUCUGCUUUGCCCCAACCAGGGAAGACUGGUAUGACAAGAAUGCCCAAUCUAUGCUUACCUGCCUGGAUCUCUCUGCGGUUGGUGCCGUCAAUCCCAUGAUGCAACUGAAGGUGACGGCGCUGAUGGCAGCAGCACUCUGCGUGAGUAUUGUGGGAUGGCAGAGGGACUGUUGGGGCAUUGGGGGCAGCAAGCUCUGAACGGAUGUGUAUCCUUGGUUUAUGUUACAUUUAUGUACCACUUUAUACUGAACAGAAAAAUCUGAAGUGGUAUUCACCACAGAAUUAUAAAACAUAGCAUGCUAAGUAAUUGGGCAGCGUGGGGAGUAUCAUGCAAUUAUCCUCUUGGGCAUAAUGUCUUAAAAACUAUUUGCUGUAAAGACUGGUGCCUCUGCUUGCUUCUCUUGCCAGCCCCCUCUCCUCCAGGAUUCUACCAUCUCAGUCCGUCCCUUAAUUUUGAUGCAUGGGACCUCAUUCUGGCCCAAUUCUUGUGAAGGGAAGGGAGGUACCCUGCUUUUAUUUUGGAUUACUUUCCCCUGCUCCCUUUGCAGAAGACCAUUGCCCUGCGUUUGCAAGAGCAGGAGGCAAAGUCGGACCUGAGCAUUGAGAGAGUGGUGGCUGCCAUGAAAGCGGAGGUGAGGAGCCUUUUCGCCACUCCCUUACCGGGUGGAUUACAUUUGCUCCAAAGAGAGCUAAAACUUUAUUUGACCUGUGUAUUAUCUCCCACUGUUCUCCUGCCCCCACAGGAACUGAACUUUGGCUGCCUGACCCAGGAAGAGAACCACCAUUUCAAGAAAUCAUUGAGGCGGCUCAAUUCUGUAGCGCAGGUACUCUAAGGGGAGGACGGAAGCAGGGGAGCCCAGCCCUGGCGAUGGAGUCCAUUUUGUUCUGGUUCUCAUCUUCCCAACCUCUUUCCGUAUGCAGUAUGCUGUGGAAAAAGGAGUCCGUGUCCUGGUGGAUGCAGAAUACACCUACAUUAACCCCGCCCUGAGGCUUGUCACCGUGGCAAUGAUGGCUGUCUGGAACACCCAAAAGCCAUGGAUCUGGAACACAUACCAGGGAUAUCUCAAGGUGAGUUCCUCCCCCAGAAACAGUCCUCCUUCUAUCCACCUUACUUCCUGGAAGUAAGGAAGGUCUGCUCUCACCUUGACAACUCAGUGGUAUUGGAGGACUCCUUUCCUGUUCUACUACGGUCUUUGGCCAACUUGUCUCCCUCCAGGACACCCUGGAGCGAUUGAAACAGGACAUCGCCCUCACCGAGCGCUUGGGUGUCUGUUUCGGAAUGAAGUUGGUCCGGGGGGCUUACCUGGAGAAAGAGCGGAAACUGGCAAAGGAAAAAGGAUACCCUGAUCCUGUGCAGCCCAGUUGGGAGGCUACCAACGAAAAGUGAGGAGGACUCCACCCCGUUCCACUACUCUGUGGGUCAUUAAUACGAGGCAUGGGAAGAGAAGCUUCCUAUGGUAUCUUCCUUCCAUUGUGUGACCUAGGAUGGUCCUUUAUGUGGCAGAAUUGUCUAUUUGAAGGGCUGCCUGGUCCAAAUCUGGUUUAAAGAUAAAGAACCAUAAGAAGGGAGCUCAGGCGUGGCCUUGAAAUUGCCCAUCACUCAUUAGCACACAUGGACAGCAAUCUGAGGUCACUGGGCUGCAUACACACCAUCUAUUGAAAGUACCGUACUUUUCCGUGUAUAAGACAUGGGUGGUUUUUUUUUACUAAAAAAUAAUGUUAAAAAGGGGGAUAGUCUUAUACAGUGGUGCCUCGCAAGACGAAAAGAAUCCGUUCUGGGAGUCUCUUCGUCUAGCGGUUUUUUCGUCUUGCGAAGCAAGCCCAUUGACGGAUUAGCGGAUUAGCGCUAUUAGCGCUAUUAGCGGCUUUUAGCGGCUUUUAGCGGCUUUUAGCAGCUUAUCAGCUUAUCGGAUAAGCAGAUAAGCGGCUUAGCGACUUAGAAAAAGAGGGGGAAAAGUAUUUAAAUAAAGCCAGGAACUCGCAAGACAUUUUCGUCUUGCGAAGCAAGCCCAUAGCAGAUUCGUUUUGCGAGGCACCUCCAAAACGGAAAACUCUUUCGUCUAGCGAGUUUUCCGUCUUGCGAGGCAUUCGUCUUGCGGGGCACCACUGUAUACGGAUAGUGUAUAGGAGGAACAUGUGAUUGGUCACUGCCCCCAAAAUAGAGGGUGUCUUAUAUACAGGGGCGAGUUAUACAUGGAAAAAUACGGUAUAUUUAAAGCACAGGCUUCCCCCAAGGAUCUUGGGAACUCUGCCUUGUUAAAGUUCCUGGGAAUUAUAGUUCUGCAAGGAGGUAAAUCUACAAUUCCCAGGAUUCUUUGUGGGGAGACCUGUGUUUUAAAUGUGCGGUGUGUAUGCAACUGUUAUCCUCACUUGAAUUAGACGCAUUGCAUUUUUCUAUUAUCAGUUCUACAGUAGUGAUUUUUUAAUGUCCAUCCAUCCAUAUAAACCAGCCUAUACAAAUUUGAUGCACGGUGCACCUCUCUCAUUUUUUGCCCCCUCUGCUUCAUUCUCUUGCCCUCUUCCUUUUUCCUGUGAUCCAGUUACCAGCGCUGUUUGGAUUUUGGUUUGGAUCAAGUGUCUCGAGCCAGGGGAAGGUUUGAGAUGAUCGUGGCCACACACAACGAAGUGUCCGUGAUGCACACUGUUCAAAGGUAGGGGGAAUACCACAAAGGGGACGUGAGUGGGGUUGUCUUUCUACAUAACAAGCACCAGCUGCCACCAGGUCUGAUGGUUUGGACAUACAGGUGCUCUCUGAAAGUGGGAGCCACGGGUGGGGGGGAAAGCCUUGGGAAACUAGCUGCCUUUUAUCUGGAAGGGAGACUCUCCACAACACACAUAGAAACACAAUUGUAUGUGUAAGAAUUGCGCUGCCUUUCUGACAUCAGCAACCAAUACUCCAAUCCAUAUCCACCUCUCAGAUCUAUUUGCAUGAAAGCAAGCUAUAUAUAAGGGAAGUGGCAUACAGCUAUCAUGACAUGCCUAGGAGCAAAAUAUUGGUUUUCGGCAUACAGAGGUAAAGAAAAAUCAGCACACAUCGUCUGGGCAGACAGCUGACAGCACAUACAUCCCUUCGGGAGGAGGACGGGGACACAUUAUCCAGGACGUUAGAAACCCGAGACAAUAGCAGCAAAAGAAGCCCAUUCACAUUAUGCAAAACCAGUACACAACACACACAGCCACCACUGGUUAAUGUAGAAAUAAUACUUCCAUUGUUUCUUACAGCAACCCUGUAAAGCUGACCCCCUAAUAUUAUCCCCAUAUUGCAGAUGAGGGCUUGAAGGUGAGGUCUAGUGGCAAGCAGCUUGCCUAAAAAAACAGCCAGCGUCUUUGUGACUGAGCUGGACUCCUAGCCCUUGUAGCUUACAUUAUGCUGUUCACUGCUAUGAUACUCUCAUAACUUCUCCCCAACCUGUCGCUGAAAUGUGCUUGUUUUAUCUCUUUUAAGGAUGGCAGAGAUGGGCAUCGACAAGGGUGCUGGACCAGUCAGCUUUGGGCAGCUGCUGGGCAUGUGCGAUCAGAUUUCCUUGGCCCUAGGUGAGUGUAGUGUAGACCCCGCUUCCCACAGAUGCUCUCCACACCCACAGCCACUUCUGGUCCUCCUGCGAUAUCGUCACCUCCUUUCUCUCUCUUUUUAAAAUCUUGUGCCCGAAUCUAGGCCAGGCUGGUUAUGCCAUCUACAAAUCUAUCCCUUUCGGCUCUGUGGAAGAAGUAAUCCCCUACUUGAUCCGCCGUGCUCAUGAGAACCAAAGCGUCUUACUUGGGAUCCGGAAGGAGCAAGAUCUGCUGCAAAUGGAGCUUCGGAAACGGGUUCUGAGGCGGCCUUGA